CCCGGCGUGGUGCGCAGACGCAGUCUGCGCGGGGACUGGCGGGACUGCGCGGCGGCAACAAACAUGUCGGGGGUCCGGGGCCUGUCACGGCUGCUGAGGGCUCGGCGCCUGGCGCUGGCCAAGGCUUGGCCAACAGUGUUGCAAACAGGAACCCGAGGUUUUCACUUCACUGUUGAUGGGAACAAGAGGGCAUCUGCUAAAGUUUCAGAUUCUAUUUCUGCCCAGUAUCCAGUAGUGGAUCAUGAAUUCGACGCAGUGGUGGUAGGCGCUGGAGGGGCAGGCUUGCGAGCCGCAUUUGGCCUUUCUGAGGCAGGGUUUAAUACAGCGUGUGUUACAAAGCUGUUUCCUACCAGGUCACACACUGUUGCGGCGCAGGGAGGAAUCAAUGCUGCUCUGGGGAACAUGGAGGAGGACAACUGGAGGUGGCAUUUCUACGACACCGUGAAGGGCUCCGACUGGCUGGGGGACCAGGAUGCCAUCCACUACAUGACAGAGCAGGCCCCUGCCGCUGUGGUCGAGCUAGAAAAUUACGGCAUGCCAUUUAGCAGAACUGAAGAUGGAAAGAUUUAUCAGCGUGCAUUUGGUGGACAGAGCCUCAAGUUUGGAAAGGGCGGACAGGCCCAUCGGUGCUGCUGUGUGGCUGAUCGGACCGGCCACUCGCUAUUGCAUACCUUAUAUGGAAGGUCUCUGCGAUAUGAUACCAGCUAUUUUGUGGAGUAUUUUGCCUUGGAUCUCCUGAUGGAGAACGGGGAGUGCCGUGGUGUCAUCGCACUGUGCAUAGAGGACGGGUCCAUCCAUCGCAUAAGAGCAAAGAACACUGUUGUUGCCACAGGAGGCUACGGGCGCACCUACUUCAGCUGCACGUCUGCCCACACCAGCACCGGCGACGGCACGGCCAUGAUCACCAGGGCGGGACUUCCUUGCCAGGACCUAGAGUUUGUUCAGUUCCACCCCACAGGCAUAUACGGUGCUGGUUGUCUCAUUACGGAAGGAUGUCGUGGAGAGGGAGGGAUUCUCAUUAACAGUCAAGGCGAAAGGUUUAUGGAGCGAUACGCCCCUGUCGCGAAGGACCUGGCAUCUAGAGAUGUGGUGUGUCGGUCGAUGACUUUGGAGAUCCGUGAAGGAAGAGGCUGUGGCCCUGAGAAAGAUCACGUCUACCUGCAGCUGCACCACCUCCCUCCAGAGCAGCUGGCCACGCGCCUGCCCGGCAUUUCAGAGACAGCCAUGAUCUUCGCUGGCGUGGACGUCACGAAGGAGCCGAUCCCUGUCCUCCCCACUGUGCAUUAUAACAUGGGCGGCAUUCCCACCAACUACAAGGGGCAGGUCCUGAGGCACGUAAAUGGCCAGGAUCAGAUUGUGCCUGGCCUGUACGCCUGUGGGGAGGCCGCCUGUGCCUCGGUACAUGGUGCCAACCGGCUCGGGGCAAACUCUCUCUUGGACCUGGUUGUCUUUGGUCGGGCAUGUGCCCUGAGCAUCGAAGAGUCAUGCAGGCCUGGAGAUAAAGUCCCUCCAAUUAAACCAAACGCUGGGGAAGAAUCUGUCAUGAAUCUUGACAAAUUGAGAUUUGCUGAUGGAAGCAUAAGAACAUCAGAACUGCGACUCAGCAUGCAGAAGUCAAUGCAAAAUCAUGCUGCCGUGUUCCGUGUGGGAAGCGUGUUGCAAGAAGGUUGUGGGAAAAUCAGCAAGCUCUACAGAGACCUGAAGCACCUGAAGACGUUCGACCGGGGAAUGGUCUGGAACACAGACCUGGUGGAGACCCUGGAGCUGCAGAACCUGAUGCUGUGUGCGCUGCAGACCAUCUACGGAGCAGAGGCGCGGAAGGAGUCACGGGGCGCGCACGCCAGGGAAGACCACAAGGUGCGGAUUGAUGAGUAUGAUUACUCCAAGCCCAUCCAGGGGCAACAGAAGAAGCCCUUUGAGGAGCACUGGAGGAAGCACACCCUGUCCUAUGUGGACGUCAGCACUGGGAAGGUCACUCUGGAAUAUAGACCCGUAAUCGACAAAACUUUGAACGAGGCUGACUGUGCCACCGUCCCCCCAGCCAUUCGCUCCUACUGAUGAGACAAGAUGCGGUGAUGACAGAAUCAGCUUUUUGCACAGCCAGAGAACAACACAUCACACACAGGAAACAGUUGUGCUCGUGUGACUGGGGCCUCAGCACUAGGAAGGAGUGGACUCUUGGCACACGCAGCAGCUUGAAUAAAUCUGAAAGUCACUAUGCUGCGUAAGAGAAGCCAAAUAAAAAAGCGCAUGCUGUGUACAGAGGGUGUCAAGAAUGCCUCCUACGUGACGGAAGGCAGAUCCGUGGUUCCCUGCAGACUGGCAGGAGCAGAUUCCAAAGGCACAGGAAGAAGCUUGUGGGUAGAGUGAGUUCGUUACCUUCUGCGCACUGCACCACAAAAAAGCUGGUCAUAAAAAUGUGAACCAAAAACAAAGGUGAAACUAGGAUAAGAUUUCUCACCUGUGUGAUUUGUAAAUGUGCAGGUUUGCCAUCGUGCUUUGCUUUUGAAGCUGUGGGGUACGAGGACUCUCAUAUGUCACUGUUGAACGCAGAACGUUGCAGCCUCAUGGAAGAGGAUUUGGCAGCGUCUAACAAAAGUAUGUGGCAUUUGCCCCUUGACUCAGCAAUUCUAGAAUCUGCCUCAAAAAAACUAGCAAAAAAAUGAAAGGACUUUAGGCACAGAGUUCUUUUCACAGCCUGAAUGUGUUUGCAGCCAAGUUCUUCACUGUGGCAUUUGUAAAACUGGAAACAAUCGAAAUGUCCAUCAGUAGGGGAUUAGGAACAUUAAUUCGUACAGUGGGGAACUCAGUACCAGAAGGAGGAAUGAGGAAUGCCUAUUGAUAAGGGC